AUGUUUCCUUUGUUUUGCUUUGCUUCACUGGCUAGUGCAGCCCACAAGACACUUGUCCUUCUUGGAGAAGAUACAGAUGAUCUCCAAUUCAAGACAUUCUUUGAAGAUUUAAAGAAAUAUUCAUCUGUUGUUGAUACAAGAAUUUUAUCUGAUGAUAAGACAGACCGUAUCAUCUUAGAACGUUUUGGCUCACGUCUUUAUGAUACAAUCGUUAUUAUUGGCUCCAAGAGAGAUGCUUUUGGCAAAGAUUCCGAAAUUCUUACACAUUUCCUUGAUAACGGCGGUAAUGCUAUUGUCUUCGGUACAGGCGCAAUCAACUCAGUCCAGGAGUUUAUUGCUCGCCACCUAGGUGUUCAUAUCGAGAAAAAGCCAGUUCAAGAUUUAUACGGCAACAACGAUAUUGUUCUUCGCAAGCUUGUUGCUCCAGAAACUGUUGUCUCAGGCAAGAUCAACCCAGUCACAUACAAUGGCGGUUUCCUUGUCAUUUCCCGUCCAAAUGAUUUCCAGAUGCCAAUUAUGGUUGGUGGCCUUCAGCAUAUUGGUAUUCCAACAAUCCGCUCCUUCAAGAAGCUCUAUGCCAACCAGAUUGUCCCAAUUGCGGCUUUCCAGGGUCGUAAUGGUGGCCGUAUCACAUUUAUCUGCUCAGAGACAUUCGCCCACGAUUCCUCAUUAAACUCUGAAGUCCGCUUUGCCGAAGACCUUACAGAAAUCCCUGCAGAGAAAUCCGGAAACCACGAUCUCUUAAUUCAACUUCUCGAAUGGACAAUCCACUACAAAUCAUACAACAAGAUCGUCAGCGCUACACACUACGAUCCAGCUACAAAGGAAGCUCCAGUACAAUACACAUACAACCAAAGUAUUACAGUUGUUGCCGAAGUCUCCACAGCAAACAAGGGAGAAUUCGUUCCAUACACAGACGAGCUCCAGGCCGAAAUCUUCAUGCUCGGAACAUUCGUCCGCCGCCACAUGAAGAUGGUUUCUCCAGGAAAAUUCGAAGUUACAAUGAACAUCCCAGACAAACACGGCAACUACUUCAUCAAGGUAUUCACAGACAAGUUCGGAUACUACAACGCAAGAGAGGAAAUGGCAAUCGCUGUUCGUCCACUCUCAAUCAGAGAAAAGGAGCACUUCCUCUUCGCUGCUAAACCAUACGUUGCAUCAUGCUUGUCUAUCAUGAUUGGCGCUUUCUUACUUACUUGCCACUUCCUUUGGCACAAACCAUCCAACUAA